UGUGGUCGUAAUGUCCUUCACUGGAGUGCCUCUGGCGGACAUCUCGAACUUGUGAAGUACCUUAUUGAAGCCGGAUUGAAGGGCGAUGAAGCUGAUGAGUCAGGUUGGACUCCCCUGAUGAUUGCCGUGUCUGCUGGUCGAGAUGACGUCGCGGAGUACUUCCUAAAAUCUUGUUCUGCUAAUCCAAACGCCAUAAACUCCACCGGUCAAGCUCCAUUGCAUUACGCGGCAUCCAAGAACCGUCUAAACGUUAUUGUUGCUUUCCAGUGGCGACUCCCCUUCCGACUUGGAAACGUCAAAGGGCGGCGCCAAAUCUCCCAGGGCCUCUCCAAACAUUCCAAAUACGGCUGGUCAAACCCCUUUGUAAGACUCAAUAGACACUACGCUUGUGAGGAUGGAAACGCCUCCGUUGUACGGCUAUUACUACAGGCUGGCGGAGACCUCUCGGCUAAAGACAAGGACGGCAAAACGCCAAUCGAACUGGCACCCGACCAUCUCCGUGUUGCAAUCCCCAGUGAGCUCGGUCUUGUUCGAUAA